CUUUUCCUGCCUCCAGCCCCCUCCACAUCCCCCUGGCACGGGUUCUGGGGGCUCCCCAGGACCCCUCAUUUCGGGGCUGGCUCUGCGCUAGGGUAAGGGUUUGGCUGUAGCCACGACUCCAGGGAUAUCGGGGACUUCCCGGCGGCUUCUCCACCCUUCGCUCCUCCCUCUCCAUCACCCCAUCCGCCAGCGCUCAUCACCAUCGGGGGGGAAGAGGCUGCACCCGGGGCCGGGAGCAGCCGCGGGGUCACCCCCGGAGCCCCCCGAGCCCCCGGGGAGCAGCGGGGGGAGGACGGGGCUCCGGCCACCGCCGCUGCCCGCAGCCCAGCACCUCUUCCCCGGGCUCCACCUCACCAUCAUGCUUUUUUCCUCUUGUUUCUUCUCUUGCAGGUUUCACAUGGGGAACCUUCUAAAAGUGUUGACUUAUAACGAACUUGACCAAGGCCCUAAUUUUUUCCUUGACUUUGAAAAUGCGCAGCCGACGGAGGCCGAGACUGCGGUGUGGAACCAGGUGAACGCCGUGCUGGAGGAGGCACAGACCGUCCUGGCCGAGCUGCAGUCCUACACGGGCGCGGGGCAGGAGAUCCGAGAGGCCAUCCAAAACCCCGGGGACCUGCGGCUGCAGGAGCGUGCCUGGAGCGCCGUGUGCCCCCUGGUCGCCAAGCUGAAACGCUUCUACGAGUUCUCCCUGCGGCUGGAGAACGCCCUGCGGAGCCUGCUGGAGGCCCUCACCAGCCCCCCGUACGCCCCGACCCAGCACCUGGAACGGGAGCAAGCCCUGGCCAAGCAGUUCGCCGAGAUCCUGCACUUCACCCUCAGCUUCGACGAGCUCAAGAUGACCAACCCCGCCAUCCAGAACGACUUCAGCUACUACAGACGGACCAUCAGCCGGAAUCGCAUCAACAACCUGCAGCUGGAUGCAGAGAGCGAGGUGAACAACGAGAUGGCCAACAGGAUGUCCCUCUUCUACGCCGAGGCCACCCCCAUGCUGAAAACACUCAGCAAUGCCACCACCAAGUUCGUUUCAGAGAACAAGACCCUCCCGAUCGAGGACACCACCGACUGCCUGAGCACCAUGGCCUGUGUGUGCAGGGUGAUGCUGGAGACCCCGGAGUACCGGAGCCGCUUCACCAACACCGAGACCCUGCUCUUCUGCAUGAGGGUGAUGGUCGGCGUCAUCAUCCUCUAUGACCACGUCCACCCCGUGGGGGCCUUCGCCAAGACCUCCAAGAUUGAUAUGAAAGGCUGCAUUAAAGUCUUGAAAGACCAACCCUCAACCAGCACCGAGGGGCUGCUGAACGCUCUGAGGUACACCACUCGGCACCUCAACGAUGACACCACGUCCAAACAGAUCCGGGCCCUGCUGCAGUGAGAGCGGGGCGGCCACCGGAGCCGCACGUCACCGUGUCACCGACGCCCAUGACCAUACAGCUCAUUUUGUACAGAGGGAAAAGGGACAACGAGGAAUACACAGAAAUAUUAAAAGCAAAUGGAAACGGCCCCGGGCCGCCCUCCCCCGCCACGGGCUCCUGCCCCCACCUUCCCACCCCCGAAUCAGCACCCGCUCCUGGACACGAGGUGCGGGUGGCACCGUGGGGACACCGCGCCGGGGGGGCCGGGGCCGGGCAGGAGAGACCCCGGCAAGGGAAGCGCUGGUGGGGCUGGCAGCAGGGUGCCCGUGGCACGGGGGCACCGUGGGGAGGGGGCAGGUGCUGCCCCUGUCCCCAUCCUGGUCCCCAAGAGGAGGAGGAGGAGGGAGAGGAUGAGGAGGAGGAGGAGGAAGAAGUAUCCCUGUGGAUCUGCACUGACUCUGGAGGAAACGGCUCAGUCUCACCUGGUAGAUUUUUAAUACGAGCAAUUAAAUCCACACUCACCUCUUCUUUUCUACAUUUUUUUGGGGGGUGUGAAAUAAAAUGACAUUUAAUCCGU